AUGGCCCCAGGAGGCUGUCUGCAAUUGUCGAGCAGACCACGUACCACGAACAUAUAUGGUCAUGCAAAGUCAAUUAAGGUACAUGACUUGAUUCCUUUUAUCCCUCAUCAUGCUGCAACAUUCAUCCUGGUUGUCACAUUCUCACGUGGAACCUGAUUAUGGUCCUUAUAGAGAACAGAGCUGAGAGGAUGGGCUAGUCUGUUGGUUUUCUCACCUUCAUCUAAUUUCUCGGUUAGUACUUUCUAUACGACACGAUGUUGUUCCUUUUGAUAAAUUGUUCACAAAUUUCAAGAGUGAACACGAGGCACCAAGAAACUAAUGUGCAUCCUAAAAAUAAUAUUUUAAUCAUUCUGUAAGUUAUACUCAUUAUUGUGGCCUCCUGAUAUUCUGCUUUCAGAGACAAGAUCACUGGAGUCUCCGUUUUUCCAACAGGAUAGACAAGUGCAUACAUAAUGUUCCCUACAGAUACAACACGCUUCCAUGUCGAUCCUUUGCCCUACCCAGUGGGAUAAAUGGCAACUCACUUCUCAAAAAAACUGCUGACGCUUUGACCAGGUAGUUUUCACUUGUGUGUAGUGGAUGCUUAUUCGCCAACUAUUUUUUUUUUCAAAUUUUUCUGUCAAUGUCUGUUGACAAAACCUGGUGAUUUGAUGGAAAACUGUAUAACAUGGACCUAGAGGAAAAUUAUUGUCUCACUGAAGCUUGGAACAGAAAUGCUUUGUCGUAUUGUACUUAUAAAUGAUCAAAUUCAGAGAUUCCUGGAAGAUGGUUGUGCGUCACGUACGAGUUUGGUCUCUUAAUCUUAUGGAUUAAUUAUCACUAUAUAAAUGUAAAACAAUUUAUCAAAUGUAUGACAGAGAAGAAGAAUGGAAGUAUCUGCUGCAAUUCUGAAGGGACUAGACGAGAAGGGAGGAAAAUGAUCUCAUUCUUUUGAAACAGGAUAUUUGUUUCCAUUGUAAUGGAGAAAUGCAUCGCAAAAUGGAAAUGAGAAUUAAAUUUACCUAAGACAUUUUACGACAUCUUUCUUUGACUGUCAGUGGGCUAAGAUGAAAGUACAGCAUGGGAAGGUCUUCUCGUUGAGGAUCAAUGUUGUUUUAUGGAAAGUAACUUACAAGAGGCUUCUAACAUAUGAUGGAUUUAGUUUUUCUGGUCUGAUGCUGAGGAUCGUUGCAUGCAUCAUCAAUGCUUACUUGAGAAUCAUUUUUUUCAUUGGAUAUCCAAGUAUCGUAAUUUGGUUUGGUACUUUUCCGCUCAUGAACUGGUAUAAAUCCUUUUUCCUAGACCACUUUCUGUCUGACUGGUGGACGCACCUUCUCUCUACAGUUUUGUGCAUUUUAUAGGAAUGAAAUAUAAGCUUUCAGGAUAUUGAAAUGUUUUGACCAUAUAUAUCACAUGCCUACUCAUUUGAUGAAAGGAUAGCAGAUCUAAAUGUCUCUCAAAUCUUUGAGGAAAAAAAUUUACAUCUGCUUUUCUGGUUUUCUUCAUAUCUCUCUGACUGUCUCCUUGGUUGUUGUCAUCAAGGGUUCCGGCUUCAUAUUUGUGUUCAUGUUUACGUUAGUAGGACAUAACAGUCUCUUCUUUGUUUUUCCUUUCCAUCCAUGAUGGAAGGUAUAAACGGUUAAGUUAUAUGUAUUGUUUUUACGUUUAUCAGGGAAUUGUUUUCUUCUCCCAUCUGCAGAAAAAAAAAGUUUCACACGUUUCUGUGAAAGUGAAUAUUUGGGUUUGAUAUAAUGUGAUUCAUCUAUCUGAUUAAAUCACUUCCUCCAGCUAAUAAUAAUUUAAUCUUGAGUGGGAUGAGAAUUAGUUUUUAUCUCAUUUUGAGGUGGUGAUUCUCAACUGCUACAUCUUUCCGUCAUAUUCGUAGCACACGAGUACUGACUAUAUUUUUUUUACUUUGCAGGCCAUACAACACCUUAGAUGGAAGUUCACUAUCGUACCAGUUGGUUCCAGCAGUUGGGGUUAUUGCUUUUACUCUAUGGGGACUUGGACCACUCAUUCGCCUCUGUAGAUGGAUGCUUUUAAAAGUAAACUACCAUUCUUAAUCCACUUGAAUCUUUUGCCUGGACGUUUUACUAAUGAAAUUUUCGUGGUUCACAGAGAAAUGAUAAUAAUUGGACGAAGAGCAGGACUUAUUACAUUUUUACAUCUUACAUUCGACCGCUGCUUCUUUGGUCUAGUGUUAUAUUCAUCUGCAGGUAUACAUCCAAUCGUUUUCAAAUCAUUAAAUGAGACUGCUAUUAUCUCAUAUUCGUAAUUUCUUAUGGGUUAUAUUUUAUUUACUAAAUUCACAUUGAUGUGCAAAUUGAGAUAUUUACUAAUCAUAUUUAUUUAAUAAGUAAUCUAAUUUCUUAUUUGUCUGAAAUUUACUUAUUUUUACUUCGUCAAAUAAUAUGUUUGUUCUUUCUGGGUAGUGUCAUUUGUAACAGAUUUUUUUGUUCGACAAAGAUUGAAUAUCGACAUGAAUUCACCUAAUUGAUAGUAUUCUUGUGAAAUAUACAGGGUUUUGAAUCCAGUAACCCUACCUUCAGAAGCAAGCCAAGUUGUUAAGCAGCGCCUUUUGAAUUUUGUCAGAUCAUUAUCAACUGUGUUGACUUUUUCAUUUUGUAUAUCAAGGUAAGGGAAACUUGUUGCCAUUAUAUUUUGAUAAAUAUUUUUUUUAUUUUUUCUUUGAACUUAAAAAUAACAUUAAUUUAUGUACUGAGUAGGGAUGCAACACGUCUAUCAGCAGCCAUUUACUGUUUCUUGUUUAACUGCUUAUUUUCUCACGUACGUACUUGACUGAAGAUUGAGAAGUUGAAUAUUUAUUUUCUUUUUCUUAUUCGUUGAAAUGGUUUAUAACGAGUACAUCUUAAAUUUUUUCCAUUUGAUAAUUAGUUCCAUGUGAUGUUCUUUCAUAUCGAUUCGAUAUUUUCAUAUGAAUUGAUGAUGUUAUUGUGAUGGCUGAUCUUCAUUGAUUUAUUUGUAAUCCUCUGCCUACUUUUUUAAUCUAUUAUUAUUUAUAUUUUUAAUGUUGCUGACAUGGCAUACAUGGGUAUUUUUUACCUUCUGGAUGCAGCUUGAUUCAACAAUCGCAGAACUAUUUUACGGAGACGAAUGACCCAAAUGAUUCACGAAAUGUAUGCUGCUUUGGUUUUCAUUUAUCACAAUGUUUUUAUGGCUUGAAUCAUCCUCUGAUCUUCAGCUUGUAUCAUAUCUGUUAUCCCGAGAUUUGGGCGAAUGUACGCCCUAAAGCUACCUUAGAAGUGUCUCCACUCACGGAAUUAACACUUCUCUUGUAUUGGAGAACCAUACAGAAGAAUUAACAAUGGAAAAUGGGAAAGUAGAAGGUUCGCAGACAAUAGGAAGAGUUCCUGAGGUCGGAUCGGAAUUGGACCUCCCCAGGGACAGAUCUCCCGCUCUACUCCUCUGUUUUUCUCCACCUCUUAUUUCGGGCCUCUUCCAUAUUUAUAGGCCCUAGUACAUUAUUCUAUGGUUGUCCCCCCUCAACGUGGGGGUCUAGGUCGUAUUUUGAAGACGACGGUUGGCUUCGUAACAAUAUCACUGAUGAAUCUUUCCCAUGUAUGUCACCAAGCUCUGGGUUUCUAUUUACGAUAUUAAUUACUACCUGAUUUCCGAUAAGGACUCUAUAUUUAUUUAUUUUCCCCCUUUCUCAUUAGUAUCAGGAGCAUGGCCUCAAAACCAUUGCGAAGUGUGCCGUUUGGGUCCUAGUUGGGUUAAUAUAAUUCUAACAGAAUAUCCCCUAGAUAUUUUCAAAAUAGAUGCCUUCCUCAGUAAACAAGCUGUCACUAUGCUCUUAUUAUAUGUUUUUAAUCAUAAAAGUAAUCAUUCAUGCAUUUAAUAGGCUUUCUUUUCACCAAAGGACGGUGUUUAAGAGAUUUCCAAGUAACCCAUGUGAAGAUUUCUAGGAAUGGUUCAAAGCAUUGAUCUGGAACACAACUAUGCAGGAUAAUGUGAAAUAUGUGGGUGGUUGGUUACGCACAGUUUUUAUUCUCCUUCCAGCAUGAGGAGAUUUUCUUUUAAUUUAUCCUAUUUGUUUAUCAUGUUGUAGAUAGCUAAGGUCUAUGAUGAUCGUCCUUUUGUGACAUACAUUUAUGUUUCUCAAUGGGCGGAACAAUUGAUAAGAAUGCUUCAAGCAUAGACAUGCAUCUCUAUCCCUGUGAAAUGAAACUCAUUUUGAUGAACAUUUACAGUAUGAAAAUGUAGUAGCACACAGUUAAUGGUGGCAAAUAUUGUUGUGUGAGAUCACUCUAACUGAAGUGUUUUUUCUUUUAAUGCAAGCUCCUUGUGCUCAAUUUUCGUCUCAGCUGAAUCAGCCUGUCAUCUUUCUGAACGACUGCUUGGUUUCACUAUUACUGUCAUUUUUCAUGCUGUUGAUGAUCUGGCAUUUCCUAGAAACCUAAUAUCGUAUCAAAUUUGUAAGUAGAUUAAAAAAUUUAGGACCAAUAAUUUUUUUCCAUAUUUUGUUUCUCUUACCAACUCGUGGAGUCUCUAUCUCUCUUACAUUCACCAUUGUAGUCGGCCUUAACCAUUCGUCUUGCCCAAGACAUUGUCCAGUGUUACCAGAAGUAUUUUUACUAUUCCGAUGACUUCUCUUGUUGAAAUGACUUACUUAAUAAAAAGUUUUAUCAGAGUGUUCUUACAUCUUUCAUUUGUAUUGCGCAUUGGAUAAUUUUAUAAUCUAGAAAAGACAAAGAAUUCCAGCCUGAGUAUUGCCCAGCUUUUUCCUAAAUUUUAUUUGCAGUUUCCUAUUUUUGGAUCAUCAAAGCUUUCAUGUUGUCUGUAAAUUCUGUCUUAGUUUUUCUGAGGAUUAACAUUACCCUCUACGUACUUUUUUUAAGAUGGGAUUUCGGUUUGCUGGUAAAGCUGUGUACACUGCAGUCUGGGUUGCUGCAGUUUCACUAUUCAUGGAGCUACUGGGUUUCUCCACCCAGAAAUGGCUCACUGCUGGUGGUCUUGGAACAGUUUUGUUGACACUUGCUGGUCGUGAGGUGCACUCUUCUCGUUUACCACUGCUACCUUCGCUAAGUUGUCUUGCCUGAUAAUUUAAUGGCUCGAACGUUUAUAUUUCAUCCAUUUAUUCUCCUGUUUUUCCACCUUUACUCUUUUAUCAGAGUCUCACUGCAUCUAUCUUUGAUGCAGAUAUUUACGAACUUCCUAUCCAGUGUCAUGAUCCAUGCCACUCGACCAUUUGUUCUGAAUGAAUGGAUACAGACGAGAAUUGAAGGUUAUGAGGUUUCUGGCACUGUUGAGGUUCGUCCUGAGUAAUCUUAAGUUGGAAUAAAGGGACUCUGUCCACAUAUCAUUGAAACAUGCCUUUCCUGAAACCAAAAAUAUCAGGAUCUUUAAAUAUAUAUAUUUGUUGUCAUUAGAUUGUGCCUUUUCUGGAGAACACUGCUGUGAAAUGUAUGGUGUUGUCGUUGUUGUGAUAUGGUGCUAUUUCUGUUUGAUUGAUCCCUGAUGCUCUUGUAGCAUGUUGGCUGGUGGUCCCCUACUGUCAUAAGAGGUGAAGAUCGCGAAGCCGUUCAUAUUCCUAACCACAAGUUCACUGUUAGCGUCGUGAGAAAUCUUAGCCAGAAGACUCAUUGGCGCAUAAAGACCCAUCUGGCCAUCAGCCAUUUGGAUGUCAAUAAGAUUAGUGUAAGGAUAGACGCUCUUAAGCGAGUGAUUUUAUGUUUAUUAUAGUCUUUUCUUUCACUAACAUGGGCAGAAUGUUGAUGGGGACCUUUCCGCGUGCAGAAUAUAGUUGCAGAUAUGCGCAAAGUACUAGCCAAAAAUCCUCAAGUAGAGCAGCGGAAACUUCACAGGAGGGUAUUCCUGGAUAAUAUUGAUCCAGAAAAUCAGGCUCUUAGGGUAAGAUUGUGCAAUUUGUUCCGAGUCUUCCGUUUUUUCUUUUUGGGGUUACCUUUAGAAUGUUGGGUAAGCAUCUGCUAGCCACUGGAUUGCUGGAACUGUCUCGGCUUAUGGGUAUCGACGCCUUAGACUAAGAUAAGAUGCUAAGUUGAUACGACUUGGGCAAUGCAAUUCUGACUUGGGCAAUGCUAAGAUAAAAGCACGUUAGCCAGAUGGUGCGUGCUUAAGAUAUGGGGAAUGCCUUUGCCAUAGUCUGUUUAUUUCGAAUACUUUUUAUCUUUUGGGUGCUCCUUGUUUUCUGUGUGUUUUUGGGAAAUGGUGAGUGGGUUGGCUGGGAUGUAUUGUCAUAUCAACUGGAAAUCCUUUGGAGACUAAGAUAGCUGUACAUAUUUCAUGCUGUUUUUAUAUUUGAAUUGUAUGAACUGGUGGAAUUUUUUUCUCCGGCAUCUUCAAGUAGUAGACAUUUCAGAAAAUUAAAUUGAGUUUUUCUGCAUUUGCAUGCGUUGCAGAUUCUCAUAUCUUGCUUCGUGAAGACAUCACAUUUUGAAGAAUAUCUUUGUGUUAAGGUAAGUGAAAAUGACACCGAAUGCCUUCUUCUUUUUUCUUUUCUUUUUUUUUUUUGCGUGCGCUUAGGAAUAUCCUUGUAGUUGUUUAAAUAUGUCAACAGCUUAAGAUACUGGAGGAUGGACAACAGGAAUUUGAUUUCGCAACUUAGGUUUGAUUUUUAUACAUUCGGCAGCGUGCUCUUUGUGUUUUAUGUAACCAACUUGGGUCAACAUAUGUGGCGGAAAAACCCUACAGGAAGCCAUACUGCUGGAUCUGCUGAGAGUAAUAAGUCAUCACCAGGCCCGACUUGCCACUCCAAUCCGUACCGUCCAUAAAGUUUACAGAGAUAGUGAUCUUAAAGGCACCCCGUUUGGGGGAGAGACCGUUUUCUCUAGUCCUGGAACUGCUGGCAACAAGACGCUGCUUCUUGUCGAGCCCACAGCAAAAAGCAGUGGAGAGGAGAAAGCCAAAUCUCGUCAACCUCCUCCCCUGGCAGAUGAGGAGCAGCUCACCAGAGCUGCGGCAUCGGAUGGUGAAGAGAUUGCUCCCUCUUCUGAAGGCCCUCUCCAGUCCGAAUCCAACGUUAAGAAACCAAAGAAGGCAAGUUGGGGCGACACUGUAAGUGAUUCUGAAAGAGCUGUUCAAAACAAUUCUGGAGAGCAGCAGCAGCAGCAGCAACAGAAGAAGAAAGAAAGUACUGGAGAAGAUGCUCCUGGGAAGAUCCAUAAGACGGACCCUUCACCAAGCCCAUUGAAAUCAUCCGUCAAAGAAAUGCCAGGAAACCUCAAUCUUCGGGCAACGGAGAAUCCCAAGGAGAUCCCUUCAUCAGGUGCGGAGGCUCUUGAGACUGCCAUUGAUCCAGUAGAUGGUGGCAAUUGUACGGCUCCGGCACCUGCCAAGCCAAACAGUGACAAGUCCCGGGGUUCUUCGCCUCCAGCAGCCAGGCCCGUGCUGGAGGAGAACCUUGUUCUCGGAGUGGUCCUCGAUGGUGCCAAAAGGACUCUUCCCAUUGAGGAGGGGAUGGGCCCCUCGUCAGCUCCAUCUGACACCUCCAAGGAAUUGACUCCUAUGCGCAGUGCCAGCGUAUCUCCAUCCUCAAGCUCGGGCAAGGACAAGAAAGACGGUCAGACCUCCCCACCUGGUGUGACGACUGUGGGCGACCCACAGGACCAGGAGAGGUGA